CAUGUCCCGCUACCUGCGCCCCCCCAACACCUCGCUCUUCGUGCGGAACGUGGCCGACGACACCCGGUCUGAAGACUUGCGCCGUGAAUUUGGUCGUUAUGGGCCUAUAGUUGAUGUAUACGUUCCACUUGACUUCUACACUCGUCGUCCCAGAGGAUUUGCUUAUGUUCAAUUCGAAGAUGUCCGUGAUGCAGAAGAUGCUCUCCAUAAUUUGGAUCGAAAGUGGAUUUGUGGCCGGCAAAUAGAAAUCCAGUUUGCACAGGGGGAUCGAAAGACACCAAAUCAAAUGAAAGCUAAGGAAGGGAGAAACCUGUACAGUUCUUCUCGUUACGAUGACUAUGACAGAUAUAGGCGAUCUAGAAGUCGGAGUUACGAAAGGAGACGGUCUAGAAGUCGUUCUUUUGAUUACAGCUAUAGAAGAUCGUAUAGUCCCAGAAACAGUAGACCUACUGGAAGACCUCGUCGUAGCAGAAGCCAUUCGGACAAUGAUAGGUUCAAACACCGCAAUCGAUCUUUUUCAAGAUCUAAGUCCAAUUCAAGAUCACGAUCCAAGUCACAGCCCAAGAAAGAAAUGAAGGCUAAAUCACGGUCUAGGUCUGCAUCUCACACCAAAUCUAGAGGCACCUCUAAAACAGAUUCUAAAACACACUAUAAGUCCAGCUCAAGAUAUGAAAAGGAGUCGAGAAAAAAAGAACCAGCUAGAUCCAAAUCACAGUCAAGAUCACAUUCUAGAUCUAGGUCAAAAUCCAGAUCAAGGUCAUGGACUAGUCCCAAGUCCAGUGGCCACUAACAGUGUAUCCAUGUUGUUUUUAGGCAUGUAAGAUUCAUUUACACACAGUUCAGUUUACUUAAACUAUCAGGAAUAUGAUGUUGCAGCAGUGCUAAAAAAUAAUUUCUUUGUCAGUUUUCCCUGUAGCCGACAAUGGUUAAAAUUAAAACAGUGUUGAGAAGCCACUGAGAGAGAGCGAGAGAGAGAGAGAAUGUCCACUUGGUUAAAUGUCAUGGGCAGCUACUGAUUUGGUUGUGGUGUCUCUAUGUAUAUUUUUGUAAAGAUUUGCAUUUUUAAUGCUUAGAUAUUGGUGAUGACUUGAUUGAUCGUAACUUGCAACAUUGUCCUAUUAAAAAUGUCAUACCCGUAGAGAAAUUGGUACCAGUU